CCACUUAGCUGAUCUCUCUAUAACGCAUCUGGCAUCACACCAUCGUCACUUUUUUGCUUCAACAUGCGUAUCUGUUUAUUUUUCAGUGCUACAUCAUUCAAGAUUUGUAAAAUAAUUUAAUAUUGACAGAAAAAUGAUAAAAUUGAGUGACAUCACCGAUGAACAAUUGAUUGAAAUAGUGCAGGAGGCAAGAAAAGUUGAAGGAUCAUAUUUGAAAAUUGUAAUUCCCAAACAAAAGUCACAUGAUGACGACGAUGAGAGUGUAAUAGUCGAUGUUGAACAAGAUAUUGACGAUGAAGAAGAAGAUUUUGAUUGGGAAUAUGAAAAACAGCACGCACAAAGUAUAGUAGAAAUUGAUACUGGGGAUCGAGAUGAGUCAAUAGAUAUUGACGAACAGGACAAUCAAACUUUUGGAGAUAUGUGUAGAUUAGAUUCUCCCCAGAUUCAACGUAUGAGCAUUCUCAGUCCUGUUAAGCAAUAUAAAAAGUGGAAAACUUGCUUAAUUUGUGAAAAAAUAUUUCCAACGAGACAACAAUGUGGUAUUCAUUACUUUUCUGAACAUGUGGCCAUGAAUGCUGAAGAAAGAGAGCUUGCAUUCAAAUUAAGUAGAUUCGCAUGCGGAGAAGUGGGAUGUUAUGCAACAUUCGGAUCACCAAGUGACUUUUUGGACCAUUGUCUUGCUCAUGAGAAUAUUUUUCCAUAUAUUUGUACAGAAAAAGACUGUGAUGAAUAUUUUCCAAGCCGCAAAAUAUUGUAUCAGCACAAAAGAAAAGUUCACCGCACCAAUAAAUUGUUUUGUGGGGUUUGUGAUGCUGUUUAUUUGACGGCAAGUUCCCUGAACAGGCAUAUGGUAACUCACACAGGUGAUAAAAGCCUUUACCAGUGUGAAAUAUGCCUGAAAGAAUUUGGCACAACAUUCAACUUGAAGCGACACAGGAAAACCCAUAUUGCAAAAACUGAAGAGGAAAAAAUACGUACUCAUGUUUGUGAUAUUUGUGGUGGAAAAUACAUAUCAAAAGAUACACUAAGAACACACACUCAGACAGUACAUGCAGAUGGAGAAAAACCGCAUACUUGUGACUUAUGUGGAAAGUCUUUUUAUAGAAGUUUUGUAUUGAAGAGGCACAUGGUUACACAUACAGGAGAGAAGCCAUUUGAAUGUGAACAAUGUCAUGCCCGGUUUGGCACCCAAUCUUCCCUGCAACGCCACAUGAAGAAGAAAAAUCAUUCAAGGGAAUUAAAUCUACAAAUUCAAUCUAUCGUGAAAAUGUGAUGUUAAUGUUAAAAUAGCUUAAAUUCCACUGCAAUGAUUUGCAUGAUGAUUGGAUAACAGCUUUUACACAUUUUCACUGCAUUCAGGUAGUGGGGGAGAUGAAGAAAUUAUGGAUUCGGACAUGAAGAACAGGAAAUGUUCAACUACAUGUAUUUUUUUAAAUGAUAGUUUUGGUUAAUUGUGAAUGUUUGUUUGUUCAUUUGAAUAAAGUAAUGGACUAUUACGUGUAA